AUGGAGAGCGAAACAGAGAGAGAGAAGAACACUAUAAACUCUUUGAGCGCGGAGAGACUGGAAGAGUACAAGGAAGCAAUGCUUAGCAAGCACAGCGAGCUAUACGGGAGGUUCUUCACUGAGCCUCUUAUUUACGAAAUUCUGCACGACGAAAGUUUGGAGCACUCGGACAAGAAGGUCGUGAACAGCAAGCUCACCGCAGUUAUCAACAUGUUCAUAAGCCUGAUAUACGGAGAGAGCCAGAGCGCUGAUCCGAGCCUCAACUUGGUAAGGACAAACUACACCUUCUGCAGCAAGAAGCUGCAGGUUUCAGCUGAUCUUGAAGCACUCAUGCAGGUGAUUGAGAUGAUAGACCUAAAGCAGAACCCAGAGCUCUUCAGACAGAGCGCGUCAGCAAAAGAGGUGAAGAGCCUCUACAAAAACCUCGUAAAUCUCAAGUUCCCCAAGCUGUCAGUGGAUGCCAAUGGCUGCCCCGAGGAAAAAGAAAAAAGAUCCAAGGAGGUGAUCAAGAUCAUAACAUACAACUUCAAAGAGUUUGAGCUGGAAACUAUAUCAUCGGUAUACAAAGUGGUUCUCAAGACGAAAAACCCAUUCUUCCCCCCAAAGUACAUCAAUUUGUACAUCAAGGUGGGAAAGCUGGCAGAAAAAAAGGAAAAAAUACUCAUUUGCAAGUUCUUGCUUAUGUUUAUUGUUUCCCCCGGUAAAAUAGAGCUGCUAGAGGUAGUGUGCUCUUUUUUAUACCUGUUAAUUACAAGGAAGGACAGCGCUUUGAGAUUUAAAAACAUUGCUGUGGUUUUUGCUCCCAUCUUUUUCAUUGAUGACGAGUCCAGCAUCGUAGAUGCUACUUUUAAAGAAACAAUGGAGCGGCUAAAAGACUUUCUGGAGUUCUUUUUGGAAAACAGUCCCGAGAUUUUUCUCCUAUAG